CACCACCACUACUUCGCUACUACUUCGCUACGACUAUUGCUACUACUACUACCGCCACUACCAGAUCAUCCUGCCUAUCAGAAAAAACCCGAGACUCUUUUCCAAACCAUGAACUUUGACCAGUAAGCCUCUCUUUACACUCUCAGUCGGUCUCCAUCUCCACUUGUCCUGACCAGAACGUCUUAUCAUCGCAUCUCCAGUACUCCGUACUAUGUCCAGCCUCUGUAUCCUAAGAUGCUAGAAAGGUCUUCCUAUGAAUCGACAGAACGUGAUUGGGAUAACUGCGUAUCAUCAGCCAUGUCGUCCCCUCCAACAUCUAAGCGAAUCAAGACUUCCAUCUCUGCCAACGCACCAUCACACCUGAUUGCUCAACAACAAGUCAAUCCCUUUUCAAGAGUGCCUUCGUUCGAGGGCAUUCCUAUGCCCCAAACUCAGAUUCCUCCCCAGAAUCCGCGCAAACGCCGUGCUUCUCCCCAGUCAGGCCCUGCGGCUACCAUGGCGGCGCCAGGCGCGGCUCCGGCGACGGGAGAAACUGCGCACGAGCAAGGGCCUGGGGGAUCGGAGCCUGCCCCUAAGAAGAAGGGGAGGACCAACACUCCCUGGACUGCUGAGGAAGAGCAGAGGCUGAAGACCAUGCGCGACGCGGGUCGCACCUGGAGCGAGAUUGCCAAGACAUUCCCUGCCCGGACCGAAGGCAGCGUCAAGAAACAUUGGUACAAAGACAUGCACUAUGCCGAAUUUGCUGAAGACGAGUCCGUAGCACUCCGAGAAGCGAUUAGGGAAUACGAUGCAAAUAAAUGGAAGGCGAUUGGACUGAAAGUCGGAAAGCCAGCCAAGGCGUGCGAACAAUAUGCGAAAGAACAUUUCAAGGACCUUUAGAUUUCCUACGAACUCUUGACGACGUGAUGACCAAUGCAUCGUCAUCCGCACAUGUAACGAAUCGACGAUGGGCAUGAGUUUUGAAUUCACAAUGCUUUAGGCUGAAGAUGUCAGCGCAAUGUUCGAUGUUAGCCACAAUUUG